AUGGCUGACUACGCCUUUGACCAUCUUAACGCCCUUGUGGAGCCCCAUUGCAACAGCGUCUUCAAGGCGCUCCAUGCAGAUAUCAAAGAACUGGCGCUUAUAGUCGCCCUCCUCCGUCGAGUCUAUUGCGCGUGUCGUAAAACAGAUUUUGGACGGGUGGUUGGGCGCGAUAUCCAGGACCAUCUUUCGCGAUGUGUUUUAUCCCUAGCGCGGGUUCACGACACUGUGAUCCAGUCGCCGUACAGAUGGGUCCCGCCGUGGAAGAUUGUAGGGAGUUUCCUGCAUAUCUGGAACCUGCAGUGGAUGGCGGUGGAAGAGAUAAGAAGUAUCGCCUGGAUGCGAACAGCGGUUCUCAACUGGGUGGUGAACCUGGUCUUAAGCAAAGAGAGUGAGCGCAAACGAGGCGCUCUGAUCAAAUACUUUGUCACGGUUGCCGACCACUGUCGCUCCUUGAACAACUAG